CAGAAGUUCGAGGGCAGGGAAUAUUAAAUCGGCACGUUCGUUUCAGAUCCUGUGGAUGGUUGGUCGCGGCGUGUUGCGACCAGACGCGCGUCGACUGCGACAGGACGCGCCGCAAGCCCUCAAGCGGCUCUACCAGGACUGCGUGCAGUUCCACCGCGACCAGCGGCCGCUGUUCCGGCAGAUACUCGCCUCGCUCGAGUCCAUGCUCAGGGCCAUGCCCAAGAUCACCAGAUCAGCGUCGGAGCCGAACGUGAACCGACAGUUGCACGCGUCCGACGACUACCUGACGUACACGUGCGCGUCGCCCAAGACGCCCGUCAACUUUCAGUUCAAUACAGACACUAGCUUCCCGGCGUUUUACGGGUAAGUUAUGAGAAAAAAAAAAUCUAACAAAAAAACAUUCUUCAGCUCCUUUGACACUAAGUU